ACUACUGUUGCGCAGGGAUUCAUCCUCAAGAGAUUACUUCCCUCCGUUCCUAUCUCCAUUCUGUGCAAUCCUGCCAACCUAAGCCAUGUCGGACAAACUCCCCAACCUUGUGCCCGAUGACGAGGAGCUGGACUUAGAUACCGUGAACCAAGUCAAAGAUCGACUGGCGCAUAUCCAGCUGCUCUAUGAUACCGGCAAGCCCUUCUUCCCUCGCGCCUUGCUCGAAGACCUGAGCCGCCAGAUCGACCAAGGCGCAGAGGAAGUGGUUAUCAAUGAUGUGGAUGACAUGCCGCAGAAGUAUAGUCUCAAGGUUCCGGCGUGGUGUGCUGAUUUCGCGAGCACCUACCGCAUCAACUACGCCACCACCCAACACCUCACCCACCUCACCCUCAUCUGCCCGGAACAGGCUCUUCGGACCGACCACACACCCGUCUCAAUCGUGUAUGUCCGCUCUUUGCACUCUCCAUCCAACAAUACAGUGGAGCAAGUGCGCGAGCGAUUCAACGAGGCACGCGAUCUCUGGCUCGCAAGUGCCACAUACCGCGACCUGGACCGCAUCAUCUCAACCCUGUCGCUCACCGUCCCGAUCACCAAGAUCGUCUGCUUCGGGCUGGGCUCGUUAGCCCCUCUCAUCGACGACGACUCAGACACUGAUGAGUCCCUGUCCCUGUCCAUGUCCAUGUCUAUGUUGCUUGACAAUGACACUGGCAUUUCCCUCUCGGACGCAAGCCCGAUCAACUACACGUUUGAUUGGAAUUUGACCCGCGCGCAUGUGCAGCAUGCCGCUGUGGAAACGAUCCGCACGGCAUUGCAGAAUCGAGGCAUGGCCGAUGCGUCUGGCGUGGAGUGCUACGCGCAAGACCCGAGCUAUGAUGCCGUCGAUCGUGAAUUUUUGGCAACUAUAGGCAUCACGGCGUUGGAUGACCCGAAGGGGUUUCUGGAGCUGGAUGCUAAUACCCUGGUCUUGUCUGUGAGCCCCAAUGUGCCUAUUAAGCAGGUCGUGGCGGACGUGCAGUGGCCGGCAGCCAUGGUGUGGAAUACCGUGUUGUCGGUGAAGGACGAGCCGGAGGAGUGGGUGAAGAGGAUCAUGGGGAAUGGGGAGGCGCAGUGGGCGAGUCCGUUCACUACCGAUCCCGACUCUCAGCGCGUGAGAACCAUGGUCGAACAGUAUGCGACCGCUACGUUGGACGAUGCCAAUGGCUUCUUUGGUGAUAUAACUGUCUACAUGAGAUGAUAGAACGGAGGAUAGAUGCGAAAUUGUUUGCCGUAAUGUUGGGGACAUGACUGUCUACAUGAGAUGGUUAAACGGAGG